AUGCAGAAAAUCACUGAUGUGAUGACUAUUGAAGACAAACCUAUGGGAAUAUUAUCGUUGAUUCGACAUGGUUUAGGCCAUAGAUUUUACCAAACUUUAGGAAAAUACAGGGAUCAAAUUUAUCAAGUGUGUACUUUGACCGGAAGAACGGAAUCUUGCGGUACAGUUCGUGCCAAAGCAGUCGAAUUAUGCCUUACUCUACAACAAAUGGGUGUACCUCAAGACGCCAUAAUAGUGAUUAGUAGUAGACCUCACGCAGAAGAAACCAUUGUGAUAUUGGCCUGUUUAUUUCUUUCCAUCACCAUAGCUCCGAUCGAUUUUUUAUUUGGCCGCUGCGAAUGGAUGGAUCUGGUGAGGAAGCUGAAGCCAGUGUUAUUGUUUUGUGAUCCUGAGGUGGUUGAACGUGUCAAAGACUUACUGGAUACAAGGACCUUGAACAAUAAAAUUGUUGUGUUUGGGAAUAAACAAUAUCAUGGAACUACCUCCUUCUCUUCUCUGCUGACGUUUUGCGUACCAUUCAGGGAAGACACUUAUUUUCACCCAAUUAGUACCGACCCUCUGAACACCAUAGCAUUUAUUGUACCCACUAUGGGUAUUACAAGCCCAUUGAAACUUAUUUGUUUGUCUCAUUUAAAUAUAAUGACCAGGAUUGUACAAUUUCUACAUAUUAGUAGAGCUUCUCGAAGGAUAUUGUCAUACUUAUAUCUUCCAUUCGGACUACAGUUGAUGAGUGUUUGUGCAGGCUUCGAAUGUAAAUACACUCGAAUAUUAAGUGGUGACUUUUCAGUGAUACAGUGUUUGCAUUUGAUCCAAAACUUCCGAGUUGAUACUUUGAUAUUACAACCAAAAGAUGUCAAAAAAAUAUUUUGUCGUAAGGAACGCAAGCACUAUAAUAUAACUAGUCUUAGAAAAGUUAUAUUCAGAUUUUCAUACACACAAGCCGAUACAGUGGCAUACUUUUAUGAGAAAUUCCCCAAUAUUCACUUCAUCCAAACUUACUCCCACCGCCAGACCGGAAUCAUUGCUUCCACACCAAUCGAUGAGUACGAUGAAGCUAGAAGAAGGCCAGAUGCGUGUGGUAAAAUGCCUGUUUUCACAAAAGUUAAAAUAAUGGACAAAGAAUUUAAAUCGACAGUACGCAAACCCAAAAUUGGCAACAUAGUUUUAAAAAGUAACUCAGUAAUGAUGGGAUACUACGACUCAGCAAACAGAGAUUUCAUGGUCGGACACUAUUACAAGACAUCAGAUAUUGGAAGAUUCGAGGCGAACGGCUGGUUCUAUUGUUCCGGACGGGAGGAAGACGUAAUAUUAGAAAGUGAAAAUCCUUAUAAAUAUUUCUCCACGUGGGAAAUCGAGUUUGUGGUCAGACAACAUCCGGCUAUUCAGCACGUCGUGGUGUUGCACACCACUUUGGAACUGGUGUGUUGCUAUCAGGUCAAACCUAAUGUAAUGUUAACGACUCGUGCACUCAAGACGUUCGUGAAUUUCCGUCUGUUGGGCUUGAAAAGACCCAAAAGAUAUAUGCAGUUCGACUCCUUCCCUCGAAAUCCUUACGGUGACGUUCACAGGUAUUUGGUCAGAGAAAAAGUCUUCUCUGGUAGGCAAUCGGAAGAUAAAGACAGUCCUCGUAAAGUAACAAUAAAAUAA